AUGUCUUUCAGCGAUUCCGAGGAAGAACCUCCAUUGCUUCUGGAGCACGAGGAUGUCGCAUUGGAUGUGGACACGACGAACGACGAGACGGCCCCAUCUACACGCGUGCCUUUGACGAUAAUAUGCGGAUUCCUAGGCGCCGGGAAGUCGACGUUGCUCAAACGGAUUCUAACAGAGCGUCAUGGAUAUCGGAUUGCAGUCAUCAUGAAUGAGUUUGGAGGCACCGCAGAUAUUGAAGCCAAGACAAUCAACGUCUCUUCCACUGAGGACCCAACGGCAGAAAACACAGAAGAAUUCUUAGAGUUGGCGAAUGGGUGUUUGUGUUGUAGCAUCAAGGAUUCUGGGGUGGCAGCCAUCGAAAAGUUGAUGCAGCGUAAGGGUGCAUUCGACUAUAUCCUACUUGAAACGACAGGACUUGCGGAUCCAGGCCCUAUUGCUGCCAAGUUCUGGAAGAAUGAAGAAUACGCGACUGGGCUCGUUGAUAUCGUUUUAGAUGGUGUCAUUUGCGUUGUUGACGCAGUUUUUGGGCAGAGUCAAAUGCAAGAAGACCACGCAACUGGCGACCUGCAUAUCGGGGAAAGUCUACGACAAAUUGGCGGCUCAGACGUGAUCUUGCUCAACAAAGUUGACUUGGUCGAUUCUCAACAGCUCGAAGAGACAGAAAGCGUGAUACGCCAAAUUAACCCUGCUGCACCCAUCCACAAGACCAUCAAGGGUCAGAUUGACCUCAAACAUAUUAUUGGUAUCGCAGCCUUCAGGAAUCCUCCAAUAACCAGUGAAAGCACACCGCCAACGCACGUUCAUUCAGAGGACUGUGACCAUUCCCAUGUCCCAAAACUCAAUCACUACGAGUUGCGUGGUAUCUCAAGCCUUCAGGUCACUUGUGGCCUCCUUAGCCAGGAACGCCUCAACAAGCUAGACGAAUGGCUCCGCAACGCACUCUGGGAAGAUAGGGUCGUGGGUGUGUCUUCCGAAGUUAAGAUCAUGCGUUGCAAAGGAGCGUUCACUUCUGAAGAAGGGAUCCAUCGCGUCUUACAGGGUGUCAGGAACAUGUAUGAGAUUUCGCAGCUGGAGGCCACGGAGAGCAUCGGCAUCCCAGACACAGGGAAGAUCGUGCUCAUAGGCAAGGGACUUAAUGAAGAUGUGCGAAAAAGCUUAGAAUCGGUGGUUACAUGA